AUGAUAGACUCGGGCAGCUGCGAGAACAUUGUAUCUGCUGAGGCCGUGCAGAAGUUGAGCCUGCGAAGUGAGGCACAUCCCAAACCGUAUAAGCUGGCAUGGCUGAAGAAAGGAGGUGAAGUGAGUGUGUCGAAGCGCGCGCUGGUUACCUUCUCUAUUGGCUCCCGGUAUAGGGACUCUGUGUGGUGUGACGUUGUCAUGAUGGAAGCGUGUCACUUGUUGUUGGGGAUGCCCUGGCAGUUUGAUAGGAGCGUGAGCCAUGAUGGACGGACCAAUAAGUACAGCUUCACGCAUAAGGGAUUAAAGAUUGUAUUGGUACCAAAAAGAGAUAGAGACGCUAUCGACCCCGAACCUACGAAUCCGGUUACCGCAACCAACUUGUUGUCCCUUGCCCGAUUUCAGGAGGACUUGUAUGAUGCAGAGUUUAUGUUUGCUCUCGUGGGCAGGGAGGUUGUGGAGGAGGGUCUUACGUCUUGUGAGUCCUUACCGAUCUUGAAAGAAUUUCAGAAUGUCUUUCCUAAGGAGCUGCCAAAUGGUCUGCCACCCUUGCGGGAUAUCCAACACCAUAUCGACCUGCAGCCUGGUGCGGCCCUUCCGAACAGACCACAUUACAGGAUGAGCCCGGCUGAACAUGAAGAGUUAAGGAGACAAGUGGAGAAGCUGAUCUCGAAAGGGUUUAUUCGGGAGAGUAUGAGCUCGUGUGCUUUCCUGGCACUUCUAGUGCCUAAGAAGGAUGGAUCAUGGCGUAUGUGUGUAGACAGUCGAGCCAUCAAUAAGAUAAUGGUCAGGUAUCGUUUUCCCAUUCCUCGCUUGGAUGAUAUGCUUGACUAG